AAAAAUUACAAUUAUUGUUAAAAAAGCGAAUGUGUUUGACUCGGCAGUUUUGAGCUUCAAUUGUUUGACUGCGUGAAAAAAAUUGAAUUCAAUUUGAGCAACGAAAAACAUUUUUUUACAUGGAGAAUUUGUAAUCAUCGCAUAUCAUUUUACCGAUAUUAAAUCACUGAAUAAAAAAAACGUCAUCAUCAUCGUCGCAACACACUAUUGAAACAGUUUUACACUCAAGAGAAAGUGAAUUUUCAAUAAAUACAUUGAACAAUCCCAGACAUUAUAUACGAACUGAAUACAACAUUAUAUGCAGAAUAUUGUUGAUGUUGAGUGCUUAAUGGCUAAAACUCAAAAGGUGUUUUCGUAAAUUUUAUUAAAAUUUGUGCAUUCAUAAAGUAAAUAGACUCAUUGCCUGGGUUUUUGUUUUUGUAUUUUAUAUGCGCGCGCGAGUGUAUAUCGAUGCAAUAUAGUAAACUCUAUCGUAAUAAUAUCGCAUUUUAUACUUCAUUUUCGGAUCAGACUUAAGAAACGUAUAAAGAAAAAUAAUAUUAAAUAUCACUGAGCAAAGCACUUACCUUUUCUAUAAUAACGCGCAGUCAAACAACAAUAUCAACCAGAGUGUGCAUACACGGCUGAAAGUUAUGAAAUAAACUUCGUUCACAUCAGUGAAUUUCACGGAAAUUGCUCGAAUUAUUCGUUUUUUUUUGUCUUGUUCUUUUUUUCAUUUUUCACGAUUGAUUAGAGAAAAUUUCGGUUGCUGCAUUUUUUUGUUUGUUUAUUUGUUCAAAACGAAACAUUUUUUGUCCGUUUGGAGUGAAAUGCAAAUGUGAAUGAAAAAAAGAGGGAAACAAAAUUCAGUUUUUACAUAAACAAUACUUGUGAACUAUGUGCAUUGCAUUCAUAAUAAGUGGAUUAAAUUUAGGAUAAGGACUUUCGGAUACAUUUAUUCAAAGGAUCAUCGCUGAUUGAUUAAAAGACAAGAUGGUGCAACUGAGUGUAUACAUUGCAACAUGGACACUGUUUUGUACCUGUUCAGCGUAUCCAGAUAUCCACAAACAGAUGUCCGAGUCCCAACUACGAUCCAUUUUCCACGUUGACAGUCACGAUUUAGUACCGCACUAUGAACUAAUCAAAUUAACGCAUCAUGGAACAUCACAUCAUAUCAAUAAGCGUAGCACCAAUACGAUUUCAACGUCGGAUAAAAAAUCAACGUCCAGUGCACAGCAUCAUGUGAAAAAAGAUUUAAGCAAAAGUGCAUAUUUCAGUGAAUUGAAAAACUCAAUAGCACAACAACAACAAAUUAGUGAAAAUAUUAGUAUUAAUAGUAAUAGAAAUAAUGCUAGUAGCGAUAGUGAUACGACAGUACAUGUAGAUUUAGGUAAUGUGAGCGAACAUAAUGUGUCGCUUAGUGCUUUCGGUAAUGUUUACAAUUUAACAUUGCGGCCGACCGACGGUUUAUUUAAGGACGGACCGCAAGGAAUGAGAAUGUGGAGUGUGGAUACGAAUCCAAAUGCUACACAGGGAUUAGAAUAUGAUGAAAUCAUUGAGGACUCCAGCGAACAUAUAGGUGAUAUAUUUCAGGAUCAAUCCAAUAUGGCUGCGAUACUAAUGAGAAGACAAUUGGAAAAUGGUGAUUUGUUAAUGGAAGGAAGUAUAGGCCAUGAUUUAGUUAUUCGACCAGUGCCAACAGAACUAACGAAACAUUUGGAGGAUUCAUCGACGCAUCACAUUGUUUUCAAGCGGAAUUCGGAUGCAGUGGAUCAGAAUAGUGAUUUUGCAUACAUGGAACCAGACCGUCUACUAAAGAGAUAUCGUCGAAAGCGAUCGACAACUGAAUUUAAUAUUACCACCAGCGACAGUGGACUACGUGCACUACGGAGGUCAUCGAGGGCAGUGCCACACAUUAUUUAUCCAGAAAUUUUGGUCAUUGUUGAUUACGACGGUUAUCGAUUGCACGGAGGUGAUAAUGUUCAGGUGAAACGAUAUUUUGUAUCAUUUUGGAAUGGUGUUGAUUUGCGAUACAGACUUCUGAAAGGACCACGAAUUCGCAUUAGCAUUGCUGGUAUUAUCAUAUCUAGAGGCCGAGACGCUACACCAUACUUGGAAAGAAAUCGUGUCGGUAGAGAUGCGAUCGAUUCAGCAGCUGCACUCACUGACAUGGGUAAAUAUUUAUUUCGCGAACGAAGACUUCCUGUUUACGAUAUAGCUGUUGCUAUUACUAAACUUGAUAUGUGCCGACGAAAUUAUCCGACAGACGUAUGCAACCGUGGUACAGCAGGAUUCGCUUACGUCGGAGGUGCAUGCGUCGUCAACAAGCGUCUCGAAAAGGUUAACAGUGUUGCAAUUAUCGAGGAUACCGGUGGUUUCAGUGGAAUUAUCGUAGCUGCUCAUGAAGUUGGUCAUUUACUCGGUGCCGUUCAUGAUGGUUCGCCGCCGCCCAGUUAUCUUGGUGGACCCGGUGCUGAAAAAUGUCGUUGGGAAGACGGUUUCAUCAUGUCCGAUCUCCGUCAUACAGAAAGAGGUUUUCGAUGGUCUCCUUGUACUGUCCAAAGUUUCCACCAUUUCCUAAAUGGCGACACAGCUAGUUGUUUACACAAUGCACCACACGAAGACGAAGCAUUGGGUCGAGCUCUGCCUGGCACUCUAUUGUCUCUAGAUGCACAGUGUCGUCGAGAUCGUGGAACGUCGGCUUGUUUUAAGGAUGAACGAGUUUGCGCGCAACUAUUUUGCUUUGAUGCGGCUAGUGGUUAUUGCGUUGCCUAUCGUCCUGCUGCAGAAGGUUCGACGUGCGGUGAUGGAUCGCAUUGUCUCGAUGGAAGGUGUGUUGCUGAACACGAGAACAUUAUUCCUGACUACUCACAACAUACUCCUAGUUAUGCAAGUCCGAAUGCCUUCAAUCCACAAAUCAAUACGGAAGCGUAUAAUUAUUACGAAGUGCCAGAAACCACUUCCACAACAACUACAACCACUACAACACCCACACCAACCACAACAAAACCAACAUACGCGCCACAAUCAACCAAAAAUUAUUUUAGCGAUCCAUUUUUCUAUCGAUAUUACACAAGCAAGUCGACAACGGAAGACCCGUAUAAAUAUUAUACCCAAUCUUCGACCCCAUUCGAUUACUAUAAGUUCUAUGAUCUCUCGUCACCAACAACGACCACAACGACAACCACUCAGCCACCAACGAAACGCACAAUAAGUCCGUAUUAUUUCGGCUUAAAUUACCAAAAAGAUCAAAAAACUUCUACCAAAUUUUAUUACAAUUCAUAUCCCACCACAUCAACAACACCGACAACCAAAAAAACCCCGUAUGUUUAUAGCAAUUAUUUUUCAACGUCUCCAUCCACUCGAUGGACAACAACAACAGCAGCACCAACAACAACAACAACCACCACAGUUAGUCCCACUGCCAAAAAGAGCCAAUCGUCGUACACUCGAAAUCCCGUUUUCGAUGUGUACUUGAAACGGUUAGCCUCGACGACAAAAAGUCCGUACAAUUUCGAGAAUUUUGCGCAGUACUUUAAAACGUCGACAACGAAUCCGAAAUUUUCGUACAAUUUAUUUGGGGCGAACAGCAAUAAUUCACCACUAAAUUCAACAGCGACGGUGGUUUCGACGGGAUAACUAUAAAGACUCUCUUCUAUUUAGAUAGAUUAAAAUAAUGUGGACGAAAAUAAUCCGCCAGUACCAACGAUUUAAAACGCACAGCAAAUUAAUAAGCCAUCAUUGUAAUGACCGACAAAGCACAAGCUUGGUAUAUAACGAUAUGGACGAACAAAUUUGUUGAAUUUUUUUUUGUUAGAAAAAGAAAAGAUUUUUGUUUUAAAAACAUCCAAACACUCGGAACAAUAAAAUGAUAAGUGAAUUUUCGUAUGACUGCAAGAAAUGACAAAAGUAUUAAGAUUAUAUCGAGAAAAAAACAGACGAAGAAAAAAAACUGAAACAAAAAAGAAAUCUUUAAACAAAAGUAUAAAAUCAAACGAAGGAAUCAAAUGAACUAGGAUUUUUAAUGUGAUAAGUACAAUAAUAAUUUAUCCAAACACAGCGAUCGAUAUUAUUAAUUAGAUGAAUGGAUUUUUGAACUAAAUUUAUUUGUAAUUAAAAAUAAAAUUAAAAAAAAAUAUAUUAUAAAAGAGAGAACCACACCACAAUUCGGAAUGGAUAAUAUGCUGCCAAUUAAUUAUUUUUUACUUUUAAUUGUUUUCGUUUUUAAAAACACAGACACACCCAACAACUAUUUUUAUAUUAAUGUUUGAAAAAUCUAAAACCAGAAAAAUUUUAGUUUUUAAAAUAAUGUGAGAAGUGCCCGGAUUAUUUACCCACUGAUGAAACGGAAUUCAGCAGCCUCCGGAACCAGCAAACAGACACAAACCACACACACUAUAUCAAAUUGUAUUAUUGAAAUAUUUAUGUAAAAUUUCUUUCUCUUUUAAUUAAUAAAAGACUUUGUAUAUUUAAACGGU